AUGCCUGAAUAUCGUCAACAGAAUUUCGACGACGAGAUCGAGAUGGUUACCAAUUCCUACGGUAGCCUACCACUAUCUCACACUCCGAUGGCUGAGGAUUUAAGGACAAAGCCAACCCCAGAUACCGUGCUCGCCAUGGUAAUAGACGCCCUGGUAAAAUCAAGACCGAUUUCACACGAGUUGUCCCAGUCGACAGUCGCCGGAUUGAUCGAGAACGAGUAUCACAACAUCGACAAACUUUCAGGAACCUCAUGGGAGGAACGAACCGAUUUAUUGAGCCAAGUCGGAUAUAACCGGUAUCGCGAGCAGUGUGCCACGAAUUUAGGUAAUCUAUCUGAUUUUGUUUUGGCAAGAUAUGAUGGCGACCUCAACAACCUACUCGAGGCCGCUCAUGAGAACCGCGAGGAAGUUCGAUCCCGCAUCAAAGAGAUCAAGGGAGUAGGUGACCUGGGAGUAGAAUUGUUCUUAGAUAAUGUUCAAAGUGUGUGGCCGUCCAUGGCUCCCUUUGUCGAUUCCCGGAGUCUUCAUACGGCUGAGGAAAUUGGACUAGGAAAUGACGUACAGGCGAUAUAUGCUCAUCUGCAGAAGGAUCCUGUGAGGAUGAGUAAAUUUGCUAAUGGGUUGUCGGAGAUUCGAUUGGAGCAUAAGCAGCAUGAGAUUGAGGAGAUGUAA